AUGGCCGCGACCCAGCUGCCUGAUGAACAUGGACACGUCCUAUUUGAGGACCAACUUGGACGCCCUCGCGUCGACUGCACCAUGAUGGACCCAGGAGCAAGUGCCUUUUUGAUGGGUACUGGCCCAUUCCACCGCUAUGUGGAGCAUCUCAAACAGCUUGGAUUUGCCGUGGAAACCAUUGAGAUGCGGCGCACUUGCCGGACUUUUCAUUUUGGUGGAGACCAUUCAACAGUGAGUCAUUGGGUUGCUAGGGUGCCAGUUUUCCUCAACAACAACUUCGGAUUUGCCCAGGCGUUUAUCAUCAAAGGAGAGACACCAAUGUUGAUGGGCCGCCCCAUCAUUGAAGCUUUGGGCAUUGUCAUCAACUUCAAGCGGCAGCAGAUGAUGUUCGAAGGACAUCCAUGGCGACAAAUCACAAUUGGUCGACAUGGCGAAUACUUGCUGUCCUUGACUGAAGACUAUGAGGCCGAGCUUGCUGAUCAGGUGCCUUCCUUUGAUCUUCGACUUGAAGACCAAUCCGAUGAGUUUCAGUCCUCUGGCGAGGUCAUGGAUUUUCAGGCCUACCAGAAGCAGGAAGGUGUUUUCACUUCCAGCGAUGACUCUCCGACACAGCCUGGAGAGCGACCUGUCCUGAUCAAGCACUGGAAGAUGCUCGAGAAUGCUCUUGCUGCCGAAGAGAAACGCAUCCAUGCCACGCUCACCAGAGAACUUCAUGACCCGAUCUCGCUCAACUUGGACUUGUUGAGCCAGCUGGAUCCGAUGGACUUCAUGGACUUACUGAACCUUUACAUGAUCCAGCGGUGGAUGUGCCGAUCAGCAUGGGAGAGCCUUGCUCAAGCUCCACAACUUGACCCAUACACUGCCUCCUUGUAUCAACCUGCGACAGAUGAAGACUUUCGAGCUCACCGGCGUCGCUUCCAGCUUCAAGAGACCAUGUCUUUUGGCCCACACAGACGUGCACCACCUGCACGCUCAGUGCCAUAUGAUCCUCCACAACAUGACAAAGAAGAUGCUGACUUUGGACUUUCAGCAUUUGACCUUGAGGAUCUCGAAACUGCGGCACUGCCAACGGGUUGGAAGUUUGAAGACGGCUACAUCACCUUGGAAGACCACACCAAAGAUUUUUGGGAGCUCAAAGCAGGAUGUCUGAUUCGACAUCACGUUGUUCCUCGCAGGGCACUUUUUGACCCAAGAGCUCUUUCUGCCAAAGACCUCAGCCAUAUGCCAGUUCCUCUCCAACAGCUGGACAAUGUGAGGGUUACCGUUUCCAAGCAUGACCAUGGCAUCAGACAUUUCACCGACAAGAUUGAGGCCCCUGUCGAGACCUAUGCAAGCCAUGGCGGCGGCUCUUUGUUGCUGCGCUACGUUUUGCUGGUGACCAUGGUGCAGAGCACAGCUGCAUCAGACCUCUUUUCUGGAAAUCAAUGCAGUUUGGAAGAUGCACCCAUUGAGUUUUCAGAGACAGAUGACAUUUAUCCUUUUCUGGCCUUUGGCGUUUUCCUGCUGUGUACUUUUGGUUUUGGCUUGACCUGCGUCGUCGUACGACUGCUGAAGGAACUAGUUGCCUCCCGAAGGGACGGGCAUGCCCAGCUACGUGUGGACCAUGCGGAACAGCAAGCUGAAAACAUACAGCUUCAACAGCGUGUCAUCGACAUCAAUGCGCAAAUCACUGACCAACAGACGGAGAUCCGUCGACUGCGUGCCGAGCUGAUAGCUGCUCAAGGUCGAUUGAUCGAUCAACAGUUUGUCAUUGAUGAUCAUGCUGCAAUCAGAGAGCAAGAAAGAACACAAGAUCAAAGAUCUAUUCGUACUGCAGUUGGUCUUUUAGACCGCAUUCUGGAUGAGACACGAAAUUUGAAUCAAGUCAGGAUUUAUUUCGCUGUAACUGGAAGAUGCUGGCACCACCGCCACGACUGCAACGGAUUGAACAAUGCCAAUCAAGUUGAAGAGCGAUACGCUUGUUCUUUCUGCCUAGCGAGUUUGCCGCCAUAUGAGGUACACCCAGACACUGGCACAACCUUUUGGCAAGACUGUGAAGAAUAUUUUAGGCAGCAUGGAGGACGAUUGAACUACGUCCAAACUGUAAUUCAUUGA